AUGUCGUUACUGCAGUCUGCGCUCGAUUUCUUGGCGGGUCCAGGCUCCCUGGGCGGUGCUGCUGGCCGCGAUCAGAAUGAUUUCGUGGGGCAGACGGUGGAGCUGGGCGAACUGCGGUUGCGGGUGCGGCGGGUCUUGGCCGAAGGAGGGUUUGCCUUUGUAUAUGAAGCUCAGGAUCUUGGAAGUGGUAAAGAGUAUGCUUUAAAGAGGCUGUUGUCAAAUGAAGAGGAGAAGAGUCGAGCCGUCAUUCAGGAAGUCUGCUUUAUGAAAAAGCUGUCUGGCCACCCCAACAUUGUCCAGUUUUGCUCUGCAGCAUCCAUCGGGAAAGAGGAGUCGGACACAGGGCAGGCUGAGUUCCUGCUGCUGACAGAGCUCUGUAAAGGGCAGUUGGUGGACUUUGUAAAGAAAAUUGAGUCUAGAGGUCCUCUCUCAUGCGAUACGGUUCUGAAGAUAUUCUAUCAGACGUGCAGAGCCGUGCAACACAUGCACAGGCAGAAACCACCCAUCAUUCACAGAGACCUCAAGGUUGAAAACUUACUGGUUAGCGAUCAGGGGACCAUCAAGCUGUGUGAUUUUGGCAGCGCCACAACCAUGUCGCAUUACCCAGACUACAGCUGGAGCGCUCAGAAGCGUGCGAUGGUGGAGGAAGAGAUCACAAGGAACACGACUCCCAUGUACAGGACGCCAGAGAUCGUGGACUUAUACUCCAACUUCCCGAUCAGUGAGAAGCAGGAUAUCUGGGCCCUGGGCUGCAUCUUGUACCUGCUAUGCUUCCGGCAGCAUCCAUUUGAAGAUGGAGCAAAGCUUCGGAUCGUUAAUGGGAAAUACACCAUUCCUCAGAAUGACACUCGGUACACUGUCUUUCACGACCUCAUCCGUUCCAUGCUGAAGGUUGACCCAGAGGAGCGGCUGUCCAUUACAGAGCUGGUCAACCAGCUCCAGGAAAUUGCUGCUGCCAGAAAUGUGAACCCUAAAUCGCCCAUCACAGAGCUCCUGGAGCAGAACGGAGGCUUCGGAAACACUGCCCAGCCCCGAGGGCCUCCCCCUUCUGGGGGUCCGGGGGCCCGGUCCACAGGCCCCUCGAGCAGCGGGUACAGUGGAGGUCUGACGGUGGCGGAAUAUGACCAGUCUUACAGUGGAUUCUUUGACAUCCUUAGAGGAGGAACGGAACGUCUCUUCACUAACCUCAAAGACACCUCCUCCAAGGUCAUUCAGUCUGUCGCUAACUACGCAAAGGGAGACCUGGACUUGUCCUACAUCACCUCCAGGAUUGCUGUGAUGUCCUUCCCGGCCGAAGGCGUGGAGUCAGCAAUCAGAAACAACAUAGAAGAUGUGCGGCUGUUCUUGGAUUCCAAGCAUCCAGGGCACUAUGCCGUGUACAACCUGUCCACCAGGACAUACCGGGCCUCCAAGUUCCACAGUAGGGUAUCUGAGUGCGGCUGGGCUGCCAGGCGGGCACCCAACCUCCACAGUCUCUACAACCUGUGCAGGAACAUGCAUUCAUGGCUCAAGCAGGACCCGAAAAACAUCUGUGUGGUGCACUGCAUGGAUGGGCGAGCUGCCUCCGCCGUGCUGGUCUGCUCCUUCCUGUGCUUCUGCCGUCUCUUCGCCACCGCCGAGGCCGCUGUGUACAUGUUCAGCAUGAAGCGCUGCCCGCCGGGCAUCUGGCCCUCCCACAAAAGGUACAUAGAGUACAUGUGUGACAUGGUUGCAGAGGAGCCCAUCACGCCCCACUGCAAGCCCAUCCUGGUGAAAGCCAUCGUCAUGACCCCCGUACCCCUGUUCAGCAAGCAGAGGAAUGGCUGUCGGCCCUUCUGUGAGGUCUACGUUGGAGAUGAGCGUGUGACCACCACGUCCCAGGAGUAUGACAAGAUGAAGGAUUUUAAGAUUGAAGAUGGCCGAGCAGUUAUUCCUCUGGGCAUAACAGUGCAAGGAGAUGUGCUCAUCGUGAUUUAUCACGCGAGGUCCACCCUGGGAGGAAGACUGCAGGCCAAGAUGGCGUCCAUGAAGAUGUUCCAGAUCCAGUUCCACACUGGUUUCGUGCCACGGAAUGCAACGACUGUGAAGUUUGCCAAGUAUGACCUGGAUGCGUGUGAUAUCCAGGAGAAGUACCCCGACUUGUUCCAAGUGAACCUUGAGGUGGAGGUGGAGCCCCGCGACCGGCCAAGCCGAGAGGUCCCGCCAUGGGAUAGCCUAAGCAUGAAGGGACUCAAUCCCAAAAUCCUCUUCUCCAGCCGGGAGGAGCAGCAGGACAUCCUGUCCAAAUUUGGUAAGCCUGAACUCCCCAGGCAGCCUGGCUCCUCGGCCCAGUAUGAUGCUGAGGUGGCGGCACGGUCCCCAGAAGGGGAGACCACGGGCUCGGACUCGCCACAGAGCACCACGGACACAAACCGCUUUCUGCACACGCUCGACUGGCACGAAGGGAAGGAGUCAGAAACUGGCACCGAGAACCACGUUCUCAAGGAAUACCCGUCUGCCCUGCCUGAAGACCGAGAUGAGAGUGAGCUGUCAGACGAGGACGUGGCGGUCCUGUCCGGGGAGAGCUGGGAGGUCGUAGCCGACGAUGAUAGGGCAGCCUGUGCAGGAACUACCGAAGAGCAAGACCCGAUUUUUGCUGCCGAGACGCCCUCCCCGCCUCCAGAGCCCACGCCAGAGGACAGUGUGGACCUUUUGGGGCUGCAUUCGGAGCGGGGUCCUGGGCCGGCAUGCCCCGUGCAGGGAGGCGGGGGCUCCUCCAGCAACACUGACCUGCUCAGCUGCCUCUUCGUGCCCUCGGCCACCACCCCUGAGGGGCCCACGGCUGACCUGUUGGGCGGAGAGGCCCCCCUGCUCUUGGCCAGCCCCACUACCUCCCUUGGAGCUCAGAGCAUCCCUCAUGAGGGGCCCACCCCCGCUGCGGACCCAUUUGACCCUUUCCUGACGGCAGCUGGCUCAGACACUCAGACCUGCGCCAACUCUGACCUCUUCGGCGAGUUUCUUCACCCCGACCCCUCAGCCACACCGCCCACAGCCUCGUUCCCCACCACACACAGCGCCCCGCCCCCGUCCUGCAGCGCAGAUUUUCUGCACCUGGAGGACUUCCCUGCAGAAACCAGCAGGAUAACAGGCUCCUCCAGCCACCCGGACCUCCUGGGAGGAUGGGAUGCUUGGGCUGACACCCCAGGGUCCCUGCCAGCCCCCAAGCCUGCUGCAGAAGGUCCCCUCUUCUCCUCUGGAGGUCCGCCAGCAGCCCCACCUGGCCCCUCCAUCAGUAGGACCAAGUCCCAGAACCUGGAUCCCUUUUCUGACCUUGGUGACCUUGGUUCAGGUAAGACUCUGAGCUGCCCACGGCUCCUCACACCUGCUCGCCCUGCCUCCCAGGCCGAGGACACAGAGAAUGCCAAAGCAAACGCAGCCCCUGCAGACCAGUCCGAGCUGGUGCACAGCCUCUGUUCGCCCAGCGGGUUCCCUCCUGGUGGUUUCAUUCCCAAGACGGCCCCACCUCCCAAGGGUGCUGGUGGCUCCUGGCAGACAAGCCGGUCUACCGCCCAGGGCACUUCCUGGUCCCCCCAGGCCAAGCCGCCCUCUGCCAAAGCCUGCCCACUGUCGAGGCCUAACUAUGCUAUGAACUUCAGUGUGAUUGGGAGCCGCGAGGAGAGAGGCGUCCGUGUGCCCAGCUUCGCCCAAAAGCCAAAAGUUUCCGAGAAUGACUUUGAGGAUUUGCUGCCCAAUGAAGGCUUUUCCUCCAAGUCUGACAAGAAAGGACCAAAGACCAUCGCUGAGAUGAGGAAGCAGGAGAUGGCUCGAGACACGGACCCGCUCAAGCUGAAGCUCCUCGACUGGAUCGAAGGCAAAGAGCGCAAUAUCCGUGCGCUGCUCUCCACACUGCACACGGUGCUCUGGGAUGGCGAGAACCGCUGGACGCCCGUGGGCAUGGCCGACCUGGUGACGCCCAGCCAGGUGAAGAAGCACUACCGCCGCGCCGUGUUGGUCGUGCACCCCGAUAAGGCCACGGGCCAGCCCUACGAGCAGUAUGCCAAGAUGAUCUUUAUGGAGCUCAGCGACGCCUGGUCCGAGUUUGAGAACCAGGGCUCCCGGCCUCUCUUUUGA